AUACCUUGGCUUCGCUUUCUAAACAAAGUAUUUAUAUUUUACACAUGUUGAUGAACUAAUGUCAGCGGCCUGCUUUACAAAGUUAGGAAAAAACGGCGAUUACCGGAAAGCGAAACUAAAUUUUACAAGAAAUUAAACUGUUAAGAAAAGAUGUCUGACAAUGAUGAUGAUUUCAUGUGUGUUGAUGAUGAAGAUUAUGGAUUGGAAUACUCUGAGGAUAGCAACUCGGAACCAGACGUCGACCUGGAAAAUCAGUACUAUAAUAGUAAAGCUUUGAAGGAAGAGGAUCCCCAAACGGCGUUGGUAUCGUUCCAGAAAGUAUUGGAUUUAGAGAACGGCGAAAAAGGCGAAUGGGGUUUUAAAGCGUUAAAACAAAUGAUUAAGAUAAACUUUAAAUUGAAUAAUUACGAGGAAAUGAUGAUACGCUACAAACAAUUGCUAACUUAUAUCAAAAGUGCUGUAACUCGAAACCAUUCUGAGAAAUCUAUUAACUCUAUAUUAGAUUACAUUUCCACUUCGAAAAAUAUGGAAUUGUUACAAAAUUUUUACGAAACCACUUUGGAAGCCUUAAAAGAUGCCAAAAAUGAUCGUCUGUGGUUCAAAACAAAUACCAAACUUGGUAAGCUUUACUUCGACCGCAAUGAAUUUUGUAAACUUCAAAAAAUUUUGAAGCAGCUGCAUCAGUCAUGUCAAACCGACGACGGUGAGGAAGAUUUAAAGAAAGGAACUCAAUUGUUGGAGAUUUAUGCUUUAGAAAUCCAAAUGUACACAGUCCAAAAAAAUAAUAAGAAACUAAAGGCUUUGUAUGAACAAUCACUACACAUUAAGUCAGCAAUACCUCAUCCCUUGAUAAUGGGUGUGAUUCGCGAAUGCGGUGGUAAAAUGCACUUGCGCGAAGGAGAGUUCGAAAAUGCACAUACCGAUUUUUUCGAAGCCUUUAAGAAUUACGACGAGUCAGGAUCACCAAGACGUACGACUUGUUUGAAAUAUUUGGUGCUGGCCAAUAUGCUAAUGAAAUCAGGCAUAAACCCUUUUGAUUCCCAGGAGGCUAAGCCGUACAAAAAUGAUCCGGAAAUUUUGGCCAUGACUAAUCUGGUGGUGUCAUAUCAAAAUAAUGAUAUUAACGAAUUUGAAUCUAUAUUAAGACACAAUCGUAGUAAUAUUAUGGCGGAUCCUUUUAUAAGAGAACAUAUAGAGGAUUUGCUGCGUAAUAUACGUACUCAGGUUUUAAUCAAGCUUAUACGUCCCUAUAAAAACAUAGCUAUACCCUUCAUAGCAAAUGCCCUAAAUAUAGAACCGAGCGAGGUGGAGAGUCUUUUAGUUUCUUGCAUUUUGGAUAACACUAUUCAAGGCCGUAUUGAUCAAGUUAAUCAAGUCCUUCAGCUGGAUAAGGAGAGUAGCUGUGGUUCUCGCUACAACGCCAUCGACAAGUGGUCAAAUCAAAUACAAUCCUUGCAAAUGGCUAUAAUUAACAAGAUGGCUUAAAUACAUAAAAUAAUU